GUUCAAUAAAAUAGGUCUGGAAGCAGCCGACCUGUUUCUAUUUCAUUGUAUUUCUCUCUACACUUCCAAUUGAUUUGAGAUAAUAGAUCCCACUCAGCAUCGACGCUGAUCCCAUAAUACAGUCGGUUUGCGAGCAAUCGUUCCUUCCUCUCACUGUAUCUCUGCGGUCCCAAUCUCUGCAACUCCGCAAAGGAGGAAAGCGCAAGUAAACACACCUCGUAUCCAUAUCAUCUUAAAUGGUUGAACCUCUCUUCUUCUCUUCCUUAAACAAACACACUCCAUUUUGCUACACGGAGAUUUUGAUCACAACUUGCUUCCGGUUUUGCUUGCUUUUGCUUUCUGCUUUUUGAUUUCUUGGUCCGAUACAGACGUCUGUCGUAUUGUGUGACGUUUUUGAUUUCUCAAAAUGGGAUUCUACAUCCUUUCCUCCAUAUUCCUAACGUUCCAGCUCAGUGAAUUGGCAUCGUCAAUACGCCUCGGACAUCGCGAUCUCAAUGCGGACUUUCUGCCAUGCUACGACUAUAUAAUUGCUGGAGGUGGUAUUUCUGGACUCGUUCUUGCUAAUAGAUUGUCUGAGGAUCCCGAAGUGGCGGUACUGGUUGUUGAAGCUGGAAAUCUGGACAAUGACGAAGAUUUCAUCAAGUAUCCUUUUGAAGAUGGAGAGGGUCUAGGCUCAAAUUAUGACUGGAACCUUUGGACUGCUCCUCAAACAUCUCUUGAUGGCUCUUCCCGACCAAUGGAUUUAGGGAAAGGCGUUGGUGGUGGCAGUCUCAUCAAUGGCAUGUGCUGGACCAGAGGUGGAAGUGCCGAUUAUGAUGCAUGGGUAGCUCUUGGAAACCCUGGUUGGGGAUGGAACGAUCUCCUACCUUAUUUCAAAAGAACCGAGAAAUAUACCAAUGAUGUCGAUGCUGCGUUUGCCCAUGAACUCUACAUAUACCCAGAUGCUUCGACGCACGGUACGACUGGAUAUAUUGAUGUCUCGUAUCCAAAUUACUUCUAUCCUCAAUCUAAAUUGUUCUUGGAUGGACUGCGAGAGCUUGGAAUACCUACUUUACUCGACCCAAACAAUGGCACAACUGCUGGCGGGAUGCUUAUACCAAACAACCUUUCACCGGAUAGUCAGACACGUUCUGAUGCGAGGCGUGGGUAUUAUGAUGGUUUUAACAACCGCCCAAAUCUACACAUUGCCACAGGCCUAGUUGUCAUUCGAGUCUUGAUGGGCUCUGCCCCCUCAGAAGUUCUUGCACGAAAUCUUCCAGCUGGCCAAUGGAUUAGCGGUAUCCAAAUUGCACCUUCUUUGAGUACGGUCGUACGCGAAAUUUCAUGUUCGCGAGAAGUCAUACUUGCAGCGGGAAGUAUUCACACCCCUCAGAUACUUGAAUUGUCUGGCAUUGGUCAGCCAUAUAUCCUUGAGCAGCUCGGCUUGCCAGUACACAUCAAUUUGCCAGGAGUGGGAGAGAACUUCCAAGAUCAUCCCUACGUUGGUGCCGUCUACUAUUAUACCAACUCUAAUUACCGAACCAUUGCACAGAUUGACAAUGAUGCACAACUUCUUACACAAGCAGAGCAGGAAUAUUACGUCAAUAAAACUGGACCCUGGACUGCUGGAGCAAUUAACACAGUCGCAUUCCCAUCACUAUCACAAAUUACUUCAAAUUGGGCCAACAUGUUAACUGACGCAGAGAACCAAGGGGUAGCGGACUAUUUAGUACCAGGCCUAGAUGCAAGUGUUCUCUCAGGGUAUGAUGCCCAAAAAGACCUCAUUGUCAAGCUUCUCAGCCGUUCUGAUGUAAGUGCCUAUGAGCUUCUCAAUGAUAAUGUGGGGCUUAUGUCUGUUGCUGCAAUGCAUCCUCUCUCUAGAGGGAGUGUUCAUAUUACAACGGACAAUCCAUAUGUACCACCAGAUAUUGACCCACGCUACUGUUCAAAUCCACUCGAUCUUCAAAUAUUAACGGAAGCCCUUAUGUUUAACAACAAAAUUGUGAAUACCGAUUCUAUGAAGUUGUUGCAGCCAAGACCUUACUACCCAUUCCUUCCCAAUGCUACACCAAAGACCUUGAUACCUGCAAUUGAAUCGGGCUUACGAACGGAGUUUCACGGCUCAGGCUCAACCGCAAUGAUGCCACGCGAAAUGGGCGGUGUCGUCGAUCCAGACCUGCGUGUUUACGGAACCAAAAAUCUUCGAAUUGUCGAUGCUGGCAUCAUACCAAUGCUUCCUGCCUCUCAUCUACAAGCACCUGUUUAUGCUAUCGCGGAAAAGGCUGCUGACACCAUAAAGCGCGACAACUAUGGUUUAUCUCCUCAAGGAUGUGGCAAAGGUUCUUCUUUUGCACGUCCUGGUCCAGUCUUAUCAAAUUUGUCGAUAAACUCUUUGAAGUUAUCCGCCUCAAAUCCGCCACCUAGUGCUACAACCCCUCAAGUUGUGAAGCCAUCACCUUCAUCACCACCUUCCACUCUAUCGUCUUUGCAAAUAUUAUCUCCUCCGGCAGGAUUCCUUGUCCCUGGACCACAAGUAGAGAAUAUUUCCACUCCACCUAUUCCUAAUUUGGGGAGCCCGGUUCUCAGCGCUUCAGCAGUGUUCCCUGUUUUACAAGGCUGGAAUGAUUCUUCACAUUCACUUGCCCACGACAUGGGAAAAACUGUAGUUGGAACACCAGUAAGAAACUCCAUCGCUCAGUCAACAGCCAUGACUCCAUCGGUUGGUGUCGAUAUUGGAAGCCCGACCCUUAGAAAUGGUUUCGAUAGUGCUUUUGUAUCGUCUCUAGUUCCCACGGUACAUGUUGCUCCCCUUCGCACACCAGAUACAAAAACUUCUGCUACUACAUCUAUUGUACCGACAUCCAACUUGCAAAGCAAAUCCACUUCCCAGCUUUCAUCUUCAAGCGAAAGAACUCAAUCAACGAUCAUGAGCCAGGGGAAUCCCACUCUCACAGCACCAGUCGUAGCAGCAUCCGCGUCCUCAUUACCUCUUUUACCACCAGCUACUGUUCAGAAUACGCAAACUGCCAUACAAUUUGAAGCAAGUCAAACUUCUAAACCAUUCACCACCAGCCAAAAUGCAUUGGCGGACGUGGCAGCUGUAUUUGGAGCAAAAUUUGAACAGGUAGCUUCAACUCUUGUUACUAUUCCUGUAGCAGAUACAAAUACACAAGGGCCCACAAUUACAUCCCCUGUUUCUGUGCUCGAUAUACUUCCUGCAACACCACUGAUGUUCAAAACUUUGGAAAGCUCUAAUUUUCAUAGUGUAGCGUCAAUGCUGGAAGUCAAGUAUGCAACCGUAUCAACCGAGCCACUAGGUGGUUGAAUUCAAACGGAAUACGAUCGAAAGUUUUGAUGUUGUAACGAGAUUCUAUGGUGGAGAUUUUAUGUGAUUCGAGGAUAUUGGAAUGUACUGAAGGGGAGAAUUGUAGUUUAUGGAAGUUUUGGGAGGUAGUAGUAUUUGCACAACCAAUUUUGAACCUGUUACCUGUCAUUAGACAUAGAAGUUGCUUCUCACUGUAAUUAGAAUUAUAGUUGUCAAAUAAACAUAUUAUCUGAAUGAAAAACUGCAUGCCCGUUGUGAUCUGCAGCAGCUUGUCGAUGUUCGAUUUAAUAUUUGUGAGACGUUAACAUUUCUUCACGACUUUAAAGUGCUUUUACAUACUAAUCUUCUUCCAGUUCAGUCUUUCCGUUUUCUCUGGUAUCUGCAUCGUCAUUUCGGCAGAGUAGUCCAGGUAUUCAACCCCGAAUGAAAAAUAUAUCCAGUCUGGUUUCGGCCGUGGUUACGUAGCUCUAAAAGAGAAGAAAAUUAGCUGACAUUCACAGCUGGCACCGUUUUGGAUAAGGAUUAUUGGGGGAAUCGUACCUGAUUUGUUAACUUACCUGCAGAUGGUUUAUGGCCCCUGGAGUAUAUAUAUGCCUGCUCUAGAUUAGUUUGACCCAUGAUCGUAGGAAAUCCUGCUAGAUGGAGGUCA